AUACCACAUCCCCAUUCUGCACAGCGACCUUCUACACUCAGAAGCACACGACACCAAAGAGAUACAGCUCCUGCCUGCACCAUGGACCAAGAAAUCCUGGGACAGAUCGUCCUUCUGGCAAUUGUCACUUUGAUCAGCGUUAUCCAGAAUGUUUUCUUUGCGUUUAAAGUUGAAAAUGAAUCAAAAAAUCAACACUCCAAGAGUUUCCAAAGAACUGGCUCUCCUGCCUUUGAGAAAGUCUACACAGCAAACCAAAACUGUAUUGACGCAUAUCCCACAUUUCUCGCAAUGCUUUGGUGCGCUGGAGUAUUGUGUAGCCAAGCACCCGCUGCUUUCGCUGGUCUUAUGUAUUUAUUUGUCCGACAGAAGUACUUUGUUGGUUAUCUGGGUGAGAAGACACAGAGCACUCCCGGAUACGUAUUUGGAAAGCGUAUCAUAUUCUUCCUAUUUGCCAUGUGCAUGGCAGGGAUCCUUAACCAUUACCUUGUCAUGGUAUUUGGAAAGUGAUAUGGAGAUGUAUAUUAAAACAGUCAGUGGCACUUUUUCUCCUUUACUGCUUAUUCCAUAA